GCCGGGCGUUCGGCGGCGCGGACGCGUCCCYCCCGUUGCUGAGGUGACGGACCGGAAGCGGCCGCUACUCCGCGCGCCAUUUUCAAAGGUUUUCAAGCGCUGGCACAUCGCGGCCGCUCCGCAGUGGCCCCGGCUGCCCCCGCCGCGKUUAGUGACAAGUGUGUUAUCACAGAAAAACGCCAUUCCCGUACAAGUUGUGACAGUUUUGUUCUUGGUGUCCUGUUUUUCUUGACUCUGAUGAAAGCAGCUUUGGAGGUGUGUUUACAAUGAGUACAAACGCAGAGCGAAGGUUUGUUAAUCUCAGGAAACGUCUGGAUCAACUGGGCUAUCGACACCCACUGGGAGUGGAGAGUUUACCUUUGGUGGAAAAGCUUUUUAGUGACUUAGUUCAUACAACUGAGAGCUUGCGCAGAGCAAAAUUAUCUGCUGGAAAAACGGAAAAAGAAUACAGCAAUUAUGAUACUAUUUUGGAACCUUAUAAAACAGAGAAUGCUAGACUUACCAGGGAAAAUAAUGAUCUACAUUUAGAAAUAUUAAAACUGAAAGAGCUGUCUGAUCGUCAUGUUAAAGAUUUGAAAGCUUCCUUAAGGAAGAUCGAACAUGAAACAUCUGACUUGAAAUUUUUGAAUAACCAAUACAUGCAUAAAAUUAAAAUGCUGGAAAAAGAGAACAAAGCCAAGACUGAAAAAAUUCAGCAACUUCAGGAGAAGAAUCUGCAAGCAGUGGUGCAAACACCUGGUGGCAGGAAAAAAAGCAUUCCCUUCAGGCGCCAACGCAUGCAGAUAGACCAGCUUGUGCCCCCAUCCGGGGUSAGUGCGUACCCAGUGCCUCAGCCAGAGGACCCGUACAUUGCUGACCUUCUCCAGGUGGCCGAUAAUCGAAUUCAAGAACUUCAGUCAGAAGUCACAGAGCUACAGGAAAAACUGGAGACAUCUGAAAGUGGAAUGAAAAAUUACAGCAAACAGGUUGAGAUAAGAGACAAAGAAAUUGAGCGCUUAACGCUGGCGUUGGAUGGUGGGYGUUCUCAUGAGGUUCUCUCUCUGGAAUCGAGAACUGAAAGUAAUGAGAAGCUUAUUGCCCGCCUGAAUUUACAGGUUGAGUAUCUUCAGGAAAGAAACAAGGAACUUGAAAAUCGCAUUCAAGAUCUCUUGGACACUAAACAAAAUGUUAGUAGUGAGGUAGUGGAUUUAAGCAAUAAAAAUGAAGAACUGUGUCAGGAACUGAAUGAAAUAGAUCACUUGGCGCAGCAGCUGGAAAGACACAAAGAAAUAGUGCUUGAGACGGCAGAUAAGGAACUGGGAGAAGCAAAGAAAGAAAUUGAAAGAAAACAUGGUGAAAUACAGGAUCUACAAGAAACAAUAACAAGGCUUAAGUCAGAGUUAUCCUCUUGUCAUAAGGAGAAUGAGAGACUAAAUAAAGAACUCUUUGGGACAACAGAUGAUAAAGGGAAUCUUGAGCUGUUGUUAAACCAGCUUCAACAAGAGAAGCAAAGGCUGACAGAGAAAACAGACAACUUAGAAAGGAAAGAGCGAGAACUUGUCCUAGAAAUUGAAAGAAUGAGAUUAGACUAUGGUAUUGCCCUAGGAGACAAAUCUCCAUCUCGCUUAGAUGCAUUUGUAAAGACUUUAGAAGAUGACAGAGAUUAUUAUAAGCGAGAAUUAGAAUAUCUUCACAAAAUGAUAACACGAAGGCCUAGCCCAACCCGCAGGACUGCAGAGAAGAGUGAAGAGCUUAAAUUAAUCACCAGAGAAAGAGAUGAGCUGCGGUCCAUGUUAGACAAAUUUGAAAAACACAUGAUAGAAAUUCAGUCCAAUGUCAAAUUACUGACUGCAGAAAGAGAUAGAUUAAAUGAUCUUUAUGAACAGUCUCAGAGUGAACUGAACAGGAUGAGAAGAGAGGCAAAGCGCAGUUUAGUUUCUCAGAGCCACGCGGAAGAAGAAAGAAACAUUGCACUGACUGACUUUAGAAGACUAAUGGCAGAAAAAGAAAGUCUUGGAGAAAAAUUAAAGAUUCAUCAAGAAGCAGCAAACCUUGAAAAAUCGAAGAUGCAACGUGAUAUUUCAGAAUUGGAGAAUAAUAUUCAAGGACUUGAGAUUGAAAAGUGUGAACUAAGGACUACAGUCUCUCUCCUGAAAGAAAGAAUAAACUAUUUGGAAAGUGAAUUAAAAUUGAAGUCCAGUAAACUUGCCCAGGCUUCUGAUGAUUCUUCUCAAUAUAAAGCUGAGAUUUGUUCACUUCAGAUCUUAAAUGACCAGCUCCAGAGGUCUGUUGAAGAUUUACAGCACCGACUGUCCUUCAGAAAGGAUGAACUGCAGGCAGCUCAUGAAGAAGUUAGAAAUCUAAAGGAAAUAAUAGAUACGUUAAACCAGAGGAGCAGUUCACAGGAUGAAGCAGUCAAUGUGCUGAGAAGUACAAUUACUGUUUUGGAUAAAGAAAAAGACAGUCUUCAAGAAACUGUAGAUGAAAAAACAGAAAGAAUUGCAUGUUUAGAUGACAACUUAGCUAACAAGGAAAAAACAAUUACUCAUUUACGUUUAACUGUCUCUGAGCUGGAGUCCUCAACAGACCAAAUGAAGGACAUGCUGAGCAACAGAGACCGUGAGAUAUCCAGCUUACAUCGCCAGCUUGAUACAUCCCAGUUAGAGCUUGCAGAAAUGGGAAGAGUAAAGGAAAUGGCUCUGAAAGAAAACAGACGACUGCAAGAUGAUUUGGCUACAAUGGCCAGAGAAAAUCAGGCUAUCAGUACCGAGCUUGAAGAUGCAAUACGUGAAAAAGAAGAAAUGAAAACCAGGGUUCAUAAUUAUAUAACUGAAGUUUCCAGAUUUGAGAAUUUGAUAGCUUCAAAGGAAAAAGAAAAUAAAGAAUUAUUAGAGAAGUUCCGAAUGCUUCAUACAGAAGCUGAAGACUGGGAAAUGAAGGCACAUCAAGCUGAAGGAGAAAGCAGCUCAAUACGACUUGAACUCCUUUCAGUAGAUACAGAUCGGAGACAUCUUCGAGAGAGAGUGGAAUUUCUGGAGAAAGAGAUUCAAGGGCAUAUUGUUGCACAUCAAGUAUAUGAAUCUCAGAUCUCCUCCAUUACGAAAAAUAUGUCCAGAUUGGAAGAGGAUCUUAAACGUGAAAAUCAGGAUAAGGCUUCUGUGUUGGCAGACCUGACUUCUGUGAGGGAACUCUGUGUGAAACUUGAGGCUAGCAAAGAACUUCUAUCUCGGCAGCUGACAUCUAAAAGCAUCGAUUAUGAAAGGGUUCUAGGAGAAUUAGAAGAUAUAAAAUCAGAAGUAGAGUUGCUGAAAAAGCAGCUAUCCAGUGAGAGACUUACUGUUCAGAAUCUUGAAACAUUAUUGGCUACUAGUAGAGACAAAGAAUUUCAGAAUCAAUUAACGUCCAAAGAGAAAGAUACCGAAAUUCAGUUACUGAAAGACAAGCUAACAUUGGCUGAGAGCAAACUAAGCAGCAAUAAUAGAGAGGUUUCCAUACUUCGGAGUAAAGUUGCCCAGCUGCAGACUGAGUGUGAUGUUUUAAAAAGAAAACUGACAACUGAGCGAUUUGAACGAGAGCGAGCAAUUCAGGAGAUGCGGCGCCACGGCCUCUCCACAUCCUCUUUACGGGCUUCACCUCCCCUCAGCUCCACAUUAAGGUCUCCCUCGCAUUCCCCAGAGCGCAGCGGUGCUAGAACAACUGAUCAAGCAGCAGCUGAGAAAAAUGUGACCUUCAAGGAAUAAGCAGUACUUGAGUAACUGAAACAUUACCUUGUAACAAGGACUUGUUUUUUUAAAUUAUGAAUGCUGUCUUGUAUUCUACCUCUGUUUUCUUCAAAUCAGUGAUUACCUUUGAAACCUCUGAGAAUGGAUGAAUAAUCAAAUUUGCAAAAUUUUGCUUUCCCAGCUGGCAGGAGUGGCUGGCUUUUUGCUGACUGUGUGACAGGUUUUAUAUCAAGCCUUGCUAAGUUUUGUUACUAUUUUGGAAACAUAAUAAUUAUAAGAAGGAAAUGAGUACUUGAUUUGACAAUCUCUUGUCAUUUCACUAUUUUAUGUGUUUGCUGAUCUCAUAUCAUUGUAGAAGUUUAUUCAUCUUAAUGUGAGCUAACAUAGAAUAACAUCCCCAAUUGUCUUAAAAAUGCUGAGCCAGUGUAUGUUUUAUAUUCAUGAUGAUUUCCUAUGUUUGUGCUUCUAACAAGUGUUUACAGAUUAUUCUUUAUGGUAUAUGAAAGUAUUGAUGAUUUUGUGAAUACAUUUUAUUUACUGUACCUUUUCUUAAUACAAAAUAUAUAUCAGUUAUUCUUUAUUACUGCUUUUGUCAACUAAAUAAUCUUUUUAAAAACCUUUGUGUGAUGUGGCAUUUUAAAUAUCCCCAUAUUAAAUAAAAAGUGAAAAUAUUUUAAAGAUAUAUUGAAAUACUUCAACUAUUAUAAAAUUCUAAAUUAUUUUAUGUUCAAGCUUUUGAAUCGUAUCUGGAGAUAUUUUUAAAAUUUUGGUUUWAAAAGUUCAGAGCAAUAUCUGGAAUCAUUCACACAGUUAAGCUCAAGCUGUUGGAGAGGGCAUUCAGAAAUACCUGAAAAUAUUUGUAUCACUUUAGGUUUCUGAGCCAUGGAAGGAACUGUGUAUUCAUGGUGGGUGCAUCCUACACAUUUUAUUUUCUAGAUCUUUCAUUUGCCAGUUACAGGAAUGAGGAAGUUGUUGUCUCUUAACUGUUACUUACCUAUGAAUACUGUUUGUAAUUAAGUCAGUAGUUUCCACUGAUGAUAAUUGGUGUUAAUUAUUCAGGGUGAUUUAGUAAGAAGGAGAAAAUGCAUGUUCUGCUCUUGAUGUCUUCAGUAGUGACUUUUAAAUAUCCUAUUCUGUAAAUAAAGCCUUAUCAAUUGGAUUUCUUUUUAAAGCAAGUGUUUACUUUAUUGAAAAAAGUGUAUUUCAUCUUAUUGAAAAAAUGCAUAUUUUGACAUUACAGUUAAACCUAUAACCCUUCAAUUAACAGUAAUUCCUGUAUUAAUAUAUCAAUUAUGAAGAAUUAGCAUCUGAUUGAACACAGGUGUUAUAAUAAAAUUGUUAUCAUUUUGGUGACAAAAGCCUGUGCAGAUUUCUAGUAUUAGAGUAUUACUAGGGUACUUCUUGCCUUUUUGUUACUAUUAUUUUAUAUGCAUUUUUAUAAGCAACUGGAGUAAAACAAAAGUAGUUUUUAUACAACUUCGCUUUAAAAUCAAGUAUUUCAAUUCAUGAAGUAGAAAACAAGCACAAAUUUAUGAAAAUUUAAAUCUGUGGUCUACUGCAUAUGCUGUAUGUAUGAAACAAGCUUUUUGUGAGUUAAGGUGUUAAUGUGGCUCUCCUGGAUUCUGCUCCAAGAAGCUUCUGUGCUGUUCUCACCUUCCAGAAGAUCAAAAGCACCUUCAGCUGUUGGGGCGUGGUCCUCAGCUGGGGUGAGUUGUAGAGGGAGUGUAGCAGAAAUGAAAUUAUGAUAAAACUCCAUAUAUUCAAGUUGUCUGUCUUUUGUUAUCUGCAGUGGGGGGCGGGGGAAACAGCUUUAGAGAAAUAAAAAGGAGAAGCAAUAAUCAUUGGGGCUGUUUUUCUACUAAACACUGAAAGUCUAUUGUCAGAAGCAGAGGAAUCUAGAGAUAAUAAAAYGACAGGUGUUUUCAGAUUAUUAAA